GAAAGCAAGACGCCAUGAAGCUGGCGAACGAAAAGCUCCUGAAGCACCUCUGUGGGAAGGGUGACUUCCUGCAGAGCAAGAGACGCUGCCUCGUUGUGCAUGAGACCUUCUUCUGUUUGGCCAACUGCACAGGUUGCCAGAAACUCCAUGCGAAGGGCCGAGAGUGGAAGGUGAAGGACAUUUGGGUGGAAAUCUUUGAAGCCGAUCACUCUUUCGGCACCCAGGAUGACUGUGCGGGUCUUGGCGUUCUUGUCCAUGCGGUGGCAAAUCAACAGCACGUGCUCACGGAGGAGUUUUACUUCGAAGCCGCCGACUUCUUGUGGAAGGUGCUCUCGGACGCCGGCGAGCUGCCUGAGGCUUUGACUGAGCUGGAGGGGAAGGAGCUAAAAGAGGAAAAGUGCAUCCGCCUUUGCGAGUUGCUGGACGUCAUCGCUGCCAGCGCUGGGAUCAGAUCCUACUACCGUGCCAUGGGGCUUCCCAUGCCGCAGCUGCCAGUGGCGGAGGCGGAUCAGACGCCGCACUUUCGUCGCGUCACGGAGAUUUGCUCCAGCGGUCUGCAGUGGGAUCCGGCCGUCGCUUGGGCGCCACGACUGCAGGGCCAAGAUGUCAACCUGGAAGUCUACAAAACGUUGGGCAUGGAGAGGAGCCCAGUGAUGGCUGGCAUGAGCCGGCCAGAUAAUCCCAACAGCAAGUGGGAGGGAGCGUUGACGACAGCUUACCAUUGGUUCCAUUGGAGUUCCGUGGCGUACCCCCCGAAUUUUGCAAUCUUCCAAAUGAAACCCUUUCCGGGAUCCAAGAUCAGCCGCGCCGACAUGGAGAGCAUUGCGUCAGCCUACACGACUGGAAUUCAUUGUGUUUUCUGA